AUGUGGGAGUUAGCGAAGAAUUUGAGCGUCUUCUUGCUCGCAGUGUCUGUUUUGCUCUCGCUUGGCUACCAGAUUGGUGAACCCAAGAAUGGUCUCACAUCCAGUUCAGUGACUUCGACGCCGAUGUCACACUCCUCUUUGCACGCAUUCUGGUAUCACCCUCGAGUCUUUAAUCCCAAGGAAUUUCCCUUCAUCGAUCAACCUUUCCUCGAAUAUGAUUUCUACCGGAAUAGCUGCCCACAGGCGGAGUAUAUCAUCCGAUCCACCGUUCACCAGCUGUACAAAACCCGAUCCGAUGUUGCACCCGCUCUGUUACGUCUCGUCUUUCACGAUUGUUUCGUUCAAGGAUGCGAUGCCUCCAUUCUUUUAGACGCCAGCAAUGGAGUUGAGUCCGAGAAAGACGCUCCUCCCAAUGAAACACUGAAGGGUUUUGAUCUCAUCGACGUUAUCAAGUCCAAGCUUGAAGAAGAAUGCCCGGCAACAGUGUCUUGCGCAGAUAUUCUCGUUUUGGCUGCAAGAGAUGGCGUUGCUCUGGCCGGCGGUCCUUUCUAUCCACUGCGUACGGGAAGGAGAGACAGCAUAUUAUCUUUCCGUCAGAUUGCUGCCUCCGAGCUUCCUUCACCCCAUGACGAACUCGCCCAAACCCUUACGACCUUCGCAACAAGGGGAUUCGACGAAAGAGAGACCGUCACUCUUUUAGGUGCUCAUAGCAUUGGUAUGAUCCACUGCAAGUUCUUCAGAAACCGUCUGUUCAGCUACAAAGGCACCAACGGCCCUGACCCAACUCUGGAACCGGAAUUCCUCAACCUCAUGAGGUCGAGAUGCAACAGGACCGGCAGCUCAGAACCGCCUUCUUCCACCACGUCAUCAGAAGAGGAACCAGGCAUGGAUAUGGACUACGAAGGAACGGGACAAGGAUUCGGAACAAUAUACUACAAGAGCCUGGUGCAGAGGAGGGGGAUCCUUCACGCCGACCAGCAACUGAUGACCGGUGAUGGAACCAGAUGGUGGGUCCAUGCCUACGCGGCCGAUAGCGCCUUGUUCCGCCGGGAUUUCGCCAUGGCGAUGAUGAAGCUCUCCAGCCUUCAGGUUCUCACAGCCCCAUUUGGGCAGGUCCGACUCAACUGUUCGAAGAUCAUGCUUGGUGAUGGUGCUCUUCCAGCAAUAAGAUUGAUUCAUAUCCAUCGAUUUUAA